AUGGUGUUUGGGACAGUAAGUGUGGGAAGUAUCAGUGGUAGAAGCAUGGAACUAGUCGAUCUGAUGGAGCGCAGAAGAAUCAACAUAUUAUGCGUUCAGGAAACCAAAUGGAAAGGUGAGAAGGCAAAAGAAAUCGGUAAUGGAUAUAAGUUGUUUUACUAUAGUACGAACAACAGACGAAAUGGGGUUGGAAUCCUCUUGGACCCAGAGAUGAAGAAGAACGAAUUAGAAGUGAAUCGAAAAUCGGACAGGUUAAUGAGAGUCAGGAUACAAGUGGAAAAUAGGAUUAUCAACAUUGUCAGUGCCUAUGCGCCUCAAACAGGAUGCGAGGAAGAGGAAAAGGAAGAAUUUUGGGAUAACAUCGAACGUGUUAUACAGAAUGUACCACCAUCAGAAGUACUGCGGGUGGGUGGUGAUUUGAAUGGACAUGUGGGCGAAGGCAACACAGGAUCAAGUGAGUGCAUGGGUAGGCAUAGAGUAGGUAUACGUAAUGACGACGGCGACCGUAUUGUAGACUGGGAAACAGCAGGAGGUAUGGCAUUAGUCAACACAUACUUCAUGAAACUAGAACAACAGAAGAUUACCUACAAAAGUGGCAAUAAUAAUACACAGAUUGAUUACAUAGCAUGCAGGAGGCAACAACUAAAGGAUGGAUACAGUGAAACACACACGGAAGAUACAUUAGUGGAAAUGGAAUGGAAAGAUGUACAUAUCGAAACCAGCAUUAUGAGACGCUUGGCACUGACUCCUGAGCGCCCAAGUUCAUACGAGAGUAAAGAUUAUAUAUGCAAUUUCACUAACGUGGGUCACAUGUAUUUUGUGUAG